AUGUUAAUACCUGAUAUGCAAAGCCUGUUUUUCCUGAUGAGUUUAUUUUCACUUACACAAGCAAAAUCAAAGCUGUGUCAUAGGAAAGAAGGUUUUAAACUGAUUCAGACGGAGCUAGGAAAGAAUCCAACCACAACAAUAUGCCUUCGCGCGACUAAAAACAACCCACUCCAGCCCGUGGUGAGGUACGACAACAGCAACUACACACAGAACAGCAACUCUAGCGGGUUCUACUUCACUGUCGACAACAGCACCGCUUCCCGCGACCUGUACCGACUUUAUUUUAAAAACAUCUCCGUACAGGACUACAAGUUGCAUCGUGUGGUCAUUUACAACAUAGGUCAGGUGCCGGUGAUGGUGGACGUCUUCAUACAGCCGACAGAUUAUGACGGUGAUUGGACCGAAUUUCUAACCGUCUACCUUUACACGGGAGGUUGUCUGCUGUUUGUUUUAUUCAUGGCGUGUAUAAUCAACGAGAAAGUUCUCUGUUGCCAUCCGAAAGUCACAAAUUGGGUGAGGCAGAUUUUUGUAAAAGACAAGAAACUUCAAUAUACACAAGUGCAAACUAAGAAUACCAGACACGAUACAUCGCCACUUAGAACUAUAUGAAACCAGAGUUUACAGUGAAGGAAGGAGGAAACACGUAAACAGAGUGUGGAGAAGGAAAUAGGGAGCGAGAGAGGAUACAAUGAAAGAUACAACAAGAAGAGAGUAAUCAUGAAAAGAAAGGGUUGACCGAGCAAUGGAUCAGAAUUUAAAUUUGAAUUUUAAAAACUAAUAAGAAAAGCUUUGGCCGUUAUAUUAUGCAUCUAGUACCUGACUAGAAUUUAAGAAGCGUCAAAAUAUUUAAAGAAAAAACUUUUAUUUUCUUUGUUAUUAAAACGAUUUUUUAUGCAUUUUAUCUUAGCACUUUGAAAAUUUUUAAUACAAUUGAGUUGCCAAAUUAUUGCGCACUAGAUGAACACGAAAAAAUAGCGCGAUAAAAUCACUUUGUAAUGGAAAUUUUAAUUAAUUCUUUAAAAAUUAAUUAUGCAUCCAAUUAAAUUGAUUUUGGGUGGUUUUCUUUAUUAAGCAUUGAAUAGAUUCACUAGGAUUUAAGAAGUGACCCAAGCUUUUAUUUUUUUAAAUAGUAGCUCAUUUUAUAUAUUUAAAGAAAUUCAUGCAUAUUUUUCCCUUUUAGUGUAUCUAUAUCUAUAGAGAGUUUUUCCCCUCACAGCCUAAAUUAGAUCGAACACGUACAGCCAAGUAUUUGGGAAAUUGUUCGUGACAAAGUAGGCUAUUUAAAUUCAAUAUAACGGGAAAACUAUAGCCAUCUCAAUAAUGACCGACAACUGACCUAGACUGACCGCGGCCUUAUUUUAACUAUAUAUUUUUAAAGUGAUUGAAUUAGAUCAUCCACUUUCAGAAGCGACCUAAACUAAAUAUUUCGUAUGGAGAUAGCUCUAAUCCCGUAAGUACCUGGAAAAAUAUUUAAAAAAUUCACAAGUAUCACAUUACGGGGUUGAAAAUUAACUUGUU